AUUUCUCAAAAUAUACCAGUCCAAAUAAGUCCAAGUUGUUUUCAAAAUUUAAGUUCAGUGAAGCCCUUUCGAAUAGGGCGACCGCCCCUUUUUUCUUACGCAAUAGUUUCUUAUGAGAUAAUUUAUCUACAUCUCGUAGAAAAAGCAUGGUAUGCAGUCACUGAAACAUGUCUGGCUUUUACUGUUUUCAGAGAUGAUUUCAGUCCAAAUGAUUCUCGUUUCAAAAUCGCACAACAUAACCUUAUCGAGGCUCUCAAAAACUUGGUGGACACUAUUGCAUUCUCAUAUGCUGAUCUGUUGGGAGAGCAGCUCACUGAUGAACAUCGUCAAAGGUGUUUACGAGUGUGUGAGGAGACCAUUGAAUACUUCAACACAAUAUUACUGGAUCCUGGAACAACAAUUCAAGUGAGACGAAGUGUUCAAGCGCACAUCAACCAACACAACUGGUUUGCCGAUCAGUUCUCCAGACUCGGUAACCAAGUUGUUGGUGGAGAUCUCAACCAAGGAGUCAAAUGGAAGGACUUGGAGAAUGCUUUUGCUGGUAACAUCCAGACUGGAUGUGUCAUCAACCAACGUCACAAAGAUCCAGCAUCAUUUCUCUAG